UUAUGGAGGGAGCUUCUUCGUCACUAGCACUGCGCUUGGAGUUGCAGACACUCUUUCUCUCUUCAAGUUUCACCGUUGACCACAGACUCCAACUUCUCGGACACCGAUCUCCAUUCUACGACGGCGACGGCGCCGAUGACUUCCCUCUUCUCACUCUCGCUCGCUCUCCUCUCCCUCUCCUUCCUCACCACCGCCGUCGCCGCUCCUCAGUUCACCUUCCAGGAGGCCACCAUCGAAUCCAUCCACCUCGCCUUCGCGCAGAACAGGCUCACCUCCCGCCAGCUCGUCGACUUCUACCUGGACCGGAUUCAAACCCUGAACCCCUCCCUCCGCUGCGUCCUGGAGGUCAACCCCGACGCGCUCGAUCAGGCCGACGAGGCCGAUCGGCUGCGGGCGGAGGCCGGCGGCAGCGGGACCCUGGGGGGUUUGCACGGGAUCCCCGUCCUGCUCAAGGACAGCAUCGGGACCGACGACAAGAUGAACACCAGCGCCGGUUCGUACGCGCUGCUGGGGGCUCGGGUCGCGAGGGACGCGUUCGUGGUGGAGAGGCUGAGGAGCGCCGGGGCUGUGAUCUUGGGCAAGGCGAGCAUGAGCGAGUGGUACUCGCUCCGGUCCCCGGAGAUGCCCAGGGGCUGGUGCGCUCGAGGUGGACAGGGCUUGAAUCCUUACGUGGAGUCGGAGAACCCAUGUGGUUCCAGCACUGGCUCAGCUAUAGCAGUCGCUGCAAACUUGGUUACUGUGUCAUUAGGGACCGAAACUGAUAGUUCCAUCAUCUGCCCAGCUGAUCAUAAUUCGGUUGUCGGUUUCAAGCCCACGGUUGGACUCACUAGUCGGGCAGGCGUUAUUUUAAUUUCACCACAUCAAGACUCAAUUGGGCCCAUAAGCAGAACUGUGUCUGAUGCAGUCUAUGUGCUUGAUGUGAUAGUUGGAUUUGAUCCAAGGGAUGAAGCUACAGGGGAAGCAGCCAAAUCCAUACCGACGGGCGGUUACAAGCAGUUUCUUAGGGAAGAUGGUCUUAGCGGAAAAAGAUUGGGCAUAGUAAGAAAUCCUUUUUCAGACUCUAAGGGAUCCACUGCUGCUUCAAUUUUUGAUCAACAUCUUGUGACUUUCAGGAACAAUGGUGCAACUUUAGUGGAUAAUUUGGAGAUUGAAAACAUUGACAUCAUCCUGAAUCCAUAUCAGAGUGGUGAAAUGGCUCUACUGCUAGCUCAGUUCAAGCAUAAUCUAAAUGAAUACUUAGGAGGAUUGAGCAACUCUCCGGUGAAGUCGCUAGCAGAAGUUAUUGCCUUCAACUCCAACAAUCCAGAUUUGGAGAAGAUGGAAGAGUAUAAUCAGGAUGGGUUAAUUGCAGCACAGAUGACAAACAUACUUGACGAGGAAGUUGUCAAGGCAGAACAUAUGAUGAAAAAGUUGUCAGAAGAGGGAUUUGAAAAACUAAUGAAGGAAAAUGAGUUGGAUGCUAUGGUGACACUAGGUUCAAAUGCUGCCACAGUUCCGGCACUUGGAGGCUAUCCAGCGCUAACUGUUCCCGCUGGAUAUGAGGACAAUGGAAUGCCAUUUGGGAUUUGCUUUGGGGGAUUGAAGGGAUCAGAAGCCAAGUUGAUUGAGAUAGCCUAUUCUUUUGAACAAGCCACGAGGAUGCGUAAACCUCCUCUUUCAUUAUCUUCUGAAUUUCACUAUCAGUAUUAUGAGUAAAGCAAUGGUACCGUGUGGAAACAUGAGUUUUCCACUUCAUCUCACCUCCAGGUAUAGCCUUCUUGUUGUGGUUUAGUUCCAUUAUCUCCAGUGACAAUGAGUCCAAAUUGUGAGACUAGGACACAGGUUUUAGUUAUCCCAUGCUUGAUAUAUUAGCUACAUGCAAUCUACGCUUUGACAGCGUUAAACAAGGCCCCUUCUACAAAUAUCAUGGGAAUCGUUUCAGAAGUUCUUACGUCUGCAUUCGCAUUACAGGGAAAAUGAAAUACUUUUGAUGACUUUAGCAGUCACAGGUUAUACGUGCUUAUCUCACUUUUCGCAAUCCGUAUUUCACUUCUGCCUAGCGAUCAUGAUGUGCUUUAUUAUCAUGCUUCUUUUACCUUUCUUAUUGAAAGUGCACACGGCUUUCGCA